AUGGAAGGUGAAAUGUUUGUUAUUUCUUGUCUCAGAAACGGAAUCCCACUAGCAACCGCUCCAGGUCCUCCCGGUGGAUCUCAUGGCUACAUAGAUGUCCCAGCAAUAUGCAGCCACAGAAACGAAAUCCCACCACCAACUGCUCCAGGUCCUCCCUCUGGAUCUCAUGGAUGCAUAGAUGUUCCAGAAAGUGGAUUAAAUGAGAUUUUAUUUUACCUGGUAGUGAAUGAAUAUUUUUGUCUUGCUUUGGAUGUCCGACUUGUUAAUAUUCUGCAUAAGAACACAUCUCUUCAUGUGGACUGGGAGGAGGCAACUCGCUUGCUAAAUGCUGUUCGGACAUCUUUACGCUUCCUCCUAGUAAAGCCUAAAGUCUUCUCUGAACUUUGGAACUGGUCUUGUUUCUUGAACCUCGUCCAACACUCUCCGAAUGUUGGUUCAGGAAAUAAUCCUGAGCUCUUAAAAGCCAUUUUGGACAUAAAAUGGUGCGGGAUACAGAUAUUAUCAAUCGUUUUGAGAAUGAGUGAUAGAGCAACGUCGUGCUUUGGUCUUGAUGCAGAAAAUUCUUUUUCAUGUUUACUACGCUGGGAUGAGUUCUGUGAGGAUGUAUCAGUAGAAAAAGCUAGCUGCUAUCUAGAAAGAACUGAACAACAAAGUGGAGAUUUUGUUGAUGGAAGCAUUGAUUUUGAUCAGGAGUACUGCCUGCAGUCUUUUGGGCUUCUGUGUUCUGAAGUUUCUUCUUUAGAGCCGUUAAGUAGGAACAGAAGGCUGUCAACAUUGGGUAGAAAAUUAGAAGACAAUCCCUUUGUGUUGACUUCAGCUGUGAAAAAGAGCUUUGAGAUGGUCCUGCUGGCAGUAAGCCAAAAAUGGCCUGUUCUUCUAUAUGGUCCUACAGGUUCUGGAAAGACGGCAUUGAUUAGCAAGUUGGCCCAAGUUAGUGGGAACCAAGUUCUUUUUAUUCACAUGGAUGAACAUAUGGAUGGGAAAACACUGAUUGGGGGUGACAUCUGUUCGGAAAUACCUGGGGAAUUCAGGUGGCAGCCUGGUUCUCUUACACAGGCAGUUCUGUGUGGACUUUGGGUAGUCUUUGAAGACAUAGACAAAGCACCGUCUGAUGUACAGUCUAUCUUAUUGCCUCUAUUGGAGGGUUCAAGUUCAUUUGUGACUGGUCGUGGGGAGGCAAUAACUGUGUCUGAAAGCUUCAGAUUAUUUGCUACAAUGUCAAUUUCUAAGCAUGAUAGCUCUCACAAUUCAGAAGGCAGGAUCUCCCUUAGUGUCCUAUGGAGGAAAGUCAUGGUUGGACAAUCGAGUAAUAAAGAUUUAUUAGACAUAGUGAAUAUAUGGUAUCCAAAACUAGAGGCUGUUGUCGAGAAACUCAUAGAAACCUUUGAAAGGGUUAAUGCUGCCCCUUUACAUCAACGCGGAGGAUUUCAGGUUGGAAAUCCUGCUUCUUCUGGUUCUUUUUGCAGAUUCUCGUUGAGGGAUCUCCUAAAAUGGUGUAGAAGAAUUACAGGUUUAGGUUUUAGCUUUGUGGGGCCUAGGUUGUCUGCUUACGAAUGUAAAAGCAUUUAUAAGGAGGCUGUAGAUAUUUUUGCUUCAUCCUCGGCUUCUUCUGAGAACCGUUUGCUUAUGAUGAGAGAAAUAGCAAAAAUUUGGGAAGUACCCGUAACAGAGGCAGAAAGAUUACUUCCUCUUAAUAAGCCCAUAAUCCAGGAUUUGCAGUCAGAAUUACAAGUUGGACGAAUUUUUCUCAAAUGCUCUCAAUUACAUCGCCAAAAGAGACCUUUUGUGGAUAUUCGUAGUUCGCUUCAUGUUCUUGAGAAGAUAGCUUGUUCUGUCAAGUACAAUGAGCCUGUUCUCCUGAUUGGUGAAACUGGUACUGGGAAAACAACACUUGUACAGAAUCUGGCAAUGAGGCUUGGUCAACCACUUACCGUGUUGAACUUAAGCCAGCAGAGUGAUGUUGCUGAUCUGUUAGGUGGAUUUAAGCCUACUGAUGCACGGUUUGUUUGCAUACCACUUUAUAAUGAGUUUCAGGGCCUGUUCUCUAGGACCUUUUCUAUAAAGGAAAAUGAGGAUUAUCUUGUGCGACUGGGAAAACUUAUUGCCGAUAAGAAGUGGAAAAUGGUAUUAAAUGGAUUUCAGAAAGCUCUUAUUGCUUUUAAGAAGCAAGUCUAUGAAGUGAGAGGAUCUGGAUGUGGUACAAAGCGGAAGAGACCUCUGGCUGAAGAACUCCCCAAAGAUUGGAAGAGUUUCUCAGUAAAAGUUGACAGUGCUCGCAGGCAGAUUGGCGCCUCAACUUGCAUGGCUUUCUCAUUUGUAGAAGGAGCUUUUGUAACAGCACUUAGAAAGGGUCACUUGAUUUUGCUCGAUGAAGUGAAUUUGGCCUCUCCAGAGAUGUUGCAGAGAAUUACAGGGGUUCUAGAAGGAGAGCAGGGUUCAAUUUGUUUGACUGAGAGGGGAGAUGUCAAAUAUAUUGACCGCCAUCCUGAUUUUCGUAUAUUUGCUUGUAUGAAUCCUGCAACUGAUGCUGGAAAGCGGGACUUGCCAUAUUCGCUGCGGAGUAGGUUCACAGAAUAUUUUGUUGAUGAUGUGUUGGAUGAUGAAGAUUUAUGUCUCUUUGUUAAUCAAUUUAUGGAUGUGCACCGUCCUAAUAGAGAACUAGUCAAUAAAGUCGUACAAUUUUACAAAGCAGCCAAGAAAGAAUCCGAAGUGAGGCUGCAGGAUGGGGCCAAUCAGAAGCCCCAGUAUAGUUUGAGGUCUCUUUACCGUGCACUAGAAUAUACAAAGAAGGCGGAAAAGAAUUUUGGAUUCCGAAAGGCACUUUAUGAUGGAUUUUGUAUGUUUUUUCUUACAAUGCUGGAUGGACCUAGUGCCAAACUUAUGAACAUUAUGAUAUUAUCAUAUUUAUUAGGGGGGGAUCUGCCCCCAAAUGUUCCCUUUGUUGGUUACCUUGUCAACAGAGGGAACCUCAGGUCUGAUGCUUUCUCGGAGAACUAUAUUUUGACGAGAAGUGUGAAGGAGCAUCUUAUGAACCUUGCACGUGCUGUUUUGAUUAAAAGAUACCCUGUUCUAUUACAGGGCCCCACUUCUAGUGGGAAGACUAGCCUCAUCCAGUAUCUCUGUGCUAUCACUGGUCAUGAAUUUGUACGCAUAAAUAAUCAUGAACACACAGAUCUUCAGGAGUAUUUAGGUUCCUACAUAACUGAUUAUAAUGGUAAGCUUGUGUUUCAAGAAGGUGUUUUGGUUAAGGCUGUUCGCAAUGGAUACUGUAUUGUUCUGGAUGAACUUAACCUGGCACCAUCAGAUGUGCUGGAAGCACUAAACCGGUUAUUAGAUGAUAACAGGGAGCUUUUUGUACCAGAACUCCAGGAAACAGUUACUGCACAUCCUGAUUUUAUGCUUUUUGCCACACAAAAUCCUCCAACUUUUUAUGGUGGGCGUAAAAUGCUUUCUAGAGCAUUUCGUAACCGCUUUGUGGAGAUUCAUGUUGAUGAAAUCCCGGAAAAUGAGUUAGGUACAAUACUGGAAAAGAGGUGCAAAAUCCCUGAGAGCUAUGCUAAACAGAUGAUUAAUGUAAUGAAGGAUUUGCAGGUGCAUAGACAGAGCAGCAAAGUGUUUGCUGGAAAACAUGGUUUCAUAACCCCACGUGAUUUGUUUCGAUGGGCUGAUCGUUUCCGGACAUUCGGGAAUUCCCAUAAAAAUUUGGCAGAAGAUGGCUAUUUUCUUUUGGCUGAAAGGUUACGAGAUGAAAAUGAGAAGAAAGUUGUUGAAGAGAUUUUGAAGAGGCAUGUUUCGAAUGAACUUGUUAAAGAUGACUUGUACAUGCAGGAGCCAGCUGGUGGCUACACUGUGUUGAACUUCUGCAAAUACUCAGGUGUAUCAGAAACUCUGGCAAAUAUUGUUUGGACUAAAAGUAUGUGGAGGCUAUAUUUUCUUGUUGAGCGUUGCUACAAAAUGCGUGAACCCGUCCUUCUUGUUGGUGAGACUGGUGGUGGGAAGACCACUGUUUGCCAGCUACUUAGCAUUAUUUUGGGGUCAAAAUUGCACAUUUUGAAUUGCCAUCAGUAUACAGAACCAUCAGAUUUUCUCGGGGGGUUCUAUCCUGUACGGGAGAGGUCAAGAUUAACUGAAGAAUUCAAGCAUCUUGUUGAUCAGCUGUUUCUGUCAAAGACAUUUCUGCACUUUCCUGGAGAUAUUAAAAUAUCUUCUGAUAUAAGUCAAGCUUCUUUAACGUUUGAUCAGCUUUCUGUGAUUAUAAAUAGCUACAGACAAGGUCUUGUCUUUCAUCCUGAUGUCACCCCAAGUGAUCUUGAUACAUUUGAGAAAGUGAAACUGGCUCUAGUUCAGCUUCACCAGAAGUGGCAGGCCAUAUUUACAUGGCAAGAUGGGCCUCUUGUACAAGCAAUGAAAGAUGGAAAUCUGCUUCUUGUGGAUGAGAUCUCCUUAGCUGAUGAUAGUGUUCUUGAAAGAUUAAACAGUGUAUUGGAAUCUGAAAGAAAAUUGUCUUUGGCUGAGAAAGGUGGCUCUGUUUUGGAGGAGAUAACUGCACAUCCAGGUUUCUUCCUUCUUGCUACGAUGAAUCCUGGUGGUGAUUAUGGGAAGAAGGAGUUAUCUCCAGCUCUCCGAAAUCGGUUCACUGAGAUAUGGGUUCCCUCCGUUAGCGACAUAAAUGAGCUUAGAAGUAUUGCUGUGCAGAGAUUUGUCAAAUCGGAACUCUUAUACAUCACGGAUCCAAUGCUUAACUUCUGGGAAUGGUUCAAUCAGUUACAGACAGGGAGGAUGCUUACCGUGAGAGAUCUCUUAUCUUGGGUUGAUUUUAUAAAUGUGACAGAGGGAAGUCUAGGAUCUGAUUAUGCAUUCUUGCAUGGUGCCUUUCUUGUUUUGCUUGAUGGUCUGAGCUUAGGUAGCAGUAUAUCUAGGAAAAAUGCGGGAGAGCUGAGAGAGAGAUGUUUGUCCUUUCUUCUGGGACAACUAAAGAUGGUCAAUACUUGUUCGGUCGACUUUCAUUUGACUGACAUGGAAAAUUAUGGGUGGGGUGAUCUUGGGAACACUGCAGAUGCCUUGUGCGCUAAUAAUGUGCAGUCUAACUAUGUUUUCGGUAUUGAUCCAUUUUACAUUACAAAAGGUAAUGAGGAGGCUAAACCUGAGGGAUUUGAGUUUCUAGCACCUACCACUCGUAGGAAUACAUUGCGUCUGCUGCGUGCAAUGCAGCUUGCAAAACCUGUGUUACUGGAAGGUAGUCCAGGUGUUGGAAAAACAAGUCUGAUUAUUGCACUCGGCAAGUUUUCUGGGCAUAAAGUUGUGCGCAUCAACCUCUCUGAGCAGACUGAUGUCAUGGAUUUAUUGGGUUCUGACUUGCCUGUGGAAUGUGAAGAAGGAAUGAAAUUUGCAUGGUCUGAUGGGAUCCUUCUACAGGCUUUAAAGAGUGGAAGUUAUGUUUUAUUGGAUGAACUUAAUCUUGCUCCACAAUCUGUGUUAGAGGGUCUCAAUGCCAUUCUAGAUCACCGGGCUGAGGUCUUUAUUCCAGAGCUUGGUCGUACUUUUAAGUGCCCGCCAUCUUUCAGAGUUUUUGCAUGUCAAAAUCCUUCAUCCCAAGGUGGAGGAAGGAAAGGCCUUCCGAAAUCAUUUCUUAAUCGCUUCACUAAGGUUUAUGUGGAUGAGUUAGUUGAGAAUGAUUAUCUCUUCAUCAGUAAUUCACUCUUUCCAACAAUCCCAAGAGCUUUACUCUCAAAGCUGAUUUUAUUUAAUAAGCGAUUGUAUGAAGAUACAAUGUUAUUCCACAAAUAUGGUCAGGAUGGUUCCCCCUGGGAAUUUAAUCUGCGAGAUGUUAUUCGGUCAUGUCAAAUAAUAGAAGGUGCACCUGAAAUUUCACAAGAAGAUUGCUUUCUUAAUAUCAUAUACAUUCAGAGAUUGCGUACCGCAGCUGAUCGUAGAGAAGUUAUGCAACUCUAUGAAGAGGUUUUUGGGUUGAAGCCAUCUAUAAAUCCUUAUCCAGGAGUACAGAUUGAUCCACAAUAUUUGAUUGUGGGGAAUGCAGCUGUGGAAAGAAAUCGUUUUCAACCGUCCAAAAUUUCAGAAAGCCAGCUUAGCAUAUUACCAGGAAUUCGCAAUAGCUUGGAAGCUACUCUACAAUGUGUACAGAAUCAAUGGUUGUGCAUAUUGGUUGGUCCAUCAUCAUCUGGUAAAACUUCACUUGUCAGAUUACUUGCAGAGCUCACUGGAAAUGUGCUCAAUGAAUUGAAUCUUUCAUCUGCAACUGAUACUUCUGAAUUGAUUGGAUGCUUUGAGCAAUACAAUGCCUUCCGCAGUUUUCGCAAUGUCAUUGCUCAAGUUGAGCAAUGCAUUAGCGAGUAUUGCAGUCUAAAUUUGGAAUCCUCGAUGCAGUCAUUUUUAAAUCAACGCAGGAAUUUACUUAACCAAUGGCUUGCUUUCUUAUGCAACAUAAAUUACAGUUCUAUUUCAAGUUACACUUACACAGAUUUUGAGACAUGGAACAGUGAAUCCUUUAGUUUGCUGGGAUCAUUGGUUGAGAUAAUUGAACAGCUAAAGCUUGAUUUACAAAAAUAUCAGUUACCUGUAUCCUGCUCAUGCAAUCAACUGGAGCAGUCUCUGGAGGUGAUAACAAACUUGCAAAAAAGUCACAGCAGACAGCCAUCUCCUGCAAAGUUUGGAUGGAUCAUGGGGCUAUUAGUCAAGGCUUUUGAGAAUGGGGAAUGGAUUGUUCUGGAGAAUGCAAAUCUUUGCAAUCCUACGGUUCUUGAUAGGAUCAACUCUCUUGUGGAAUCUAGUGGAUCCAUUACUAUUAAUGAGCGUGGGCUUGUGGAUGAUAAACCUAUGGUCCUUCAUCCCCACCACAAAUUUCAAAUGUUCCUCACAGUUAACCCACGGUAUGGUGAAGUCUCUAGAGCAAUGCGAAAUAGAGGAGUUGAGAUAUUUAUGAUGCAACCUGACUGGCUGCUUGAUGGGAAAAGUGGUUAUGAUUCUAAGAAAAAUGAGCUAAGAGAUGUGAAGAGGUUUCUAGUUCUAUCAGGUAUCCCUGUUAGUGGGCUUGUUGAUGCAAUGGCUGAAGCACAUAUCUAUGCCAGCAAUGCAGCUUUGUGCCUUGGGAUGAAAAUAACACUACUGGAGCUUACCCAUUGGGUUCAGUUAUUCCAGCAAUUGCUCAUGAAUGGGAAUAAGCCUGUAUGGAGUCUUCAGUUAAGUUGGGAACAUACAUAUCUGUCUUCUUUAGGUGAGGCUGAAGGACUUGAUAUUGUUACGCAUGGGAAGUUAUCUUAUUUCUCAGCGUCCAAACUUUAUAAGUUAGACACAAUGCUGGGACAUUCUUUGUCCUUGCCGGGUGGGUGGCCUGCACCUCAUAAGUUAAGGAAUUUUAUUUGCUACUCAAAAGAAGCUUGCAUCAAACAAAAUUGCUUGUAUUUGGAAUUCCUGGGGACACAGUGUGCUGCUUAUGAAUUUAGUAUUGACCGUAAUGGAUGCUUGAUGGAGCUUUCUUUAACUUCUAUGGACCAUAUAGGUACUAAAUUAUUGAUUGAUGGAAAGCAAGUAGUCCCAUCUGCGAUUCCCAUUCAGAUGUUAAAUAAUAUUCUGUUUCCUACGGAUUCGAAUGAGUUGAGUAUAAAGCAUGCUAAGCUGGCAGAAUUUGACCUGGAGUUGGUCAAUAAGAUGUUUUUUUUUGCUGCGAAGUGGACAAUUGAACAGGCCACUGAGACUGAUCUUAAUCUUUAUCUUUGCUGGUUUAAAUGGUAUAGUUCCAUUUUAGAGCCGUAUUGUCACUUUUUCAGAUCUUUCUUAAACCUACUUGAAUGGUUGAUAAAUCAUCCUAUUUGGAACUGUAUCAUUGAUUGCCGAAGAGAGCUUUCUUCACAUUGUCAAAUAGAUCUAAAUAUGCAAUCCCUUCCGAUUCUUUCAUUAAAGUUGAUGGAAUUAACUGCAUCAAAUAGAGCAUUACAAAUACUCCGUAGACGACUCUUUGAUGCAAUCCAGUGCAUAAGCCUCUUACAACUUAGUUUUCAACAGUGGAAUACAGAAGGUGAAUACAACCACAGUGAUGAAACUCGUUGUUUUGUAACAUUAUUGGUAGCCCUACGGGAGUUGGAAACAGAGGUGCUUGAUAUUCUUGUGGGGUCACCUAGCUUUGAUCUACUAUUCCAAUUAAGCACUAAUCUUCUUGAGGGUCACACAUUGUUUUGGAAGGGUAUUACCUCAUUCCAGAUUGAAUACUUGCUAAUAUCUUGGCGUUCUUUGAAGAAGGAUGUUUUAAGACUGCAGAAAUUUUUUCCUAAAGCGGUUAAUAAUGUACUGGUUGAAAGUAGAAAUCUGGCUAGAGUAUCAUCUUUCCAUUCACCAAAGUCGAUGCUGUGGAUACAUGGGGGUCAUCCGUUCUUGCCAUCCUCUGCAGAUGUCUAUUCUAAAUUGCAGCAGCUUUUAUGCUUCUGUGAACUAGUUUGGCCAGUAAAGACAAAAUCCUGGAAGAAGGAUUCUUCUGGGAAUGAGUUUACUGUGGAAUCUGUUGUAUCUUCAAAUAAAGAACUCCGAGUCUUAGCAAUGCAAGGUGUUUGCAUGGCAUCAUAUUUCUCAAGCAAUAAUGAUCAAAGCGACAUCCACAUUGUUCAACAGUUGGAAGAGAUGUAUCAGAUGCUCUUGGGGAGGUUUCAACAUGAAAAACAGAAGCUGGUGCCUGUUUUAAUAUCUGAUGUGCAUGCUUCUGCAAUGGAAAUCUCAUCUGUUUGUUGCUCUUUCUGCCCUGAGAUACUGUGUACAAAGUCUGGUUUCAAUGGUUGGCAAGAGAUUCUUCCUAUCAUUGACAGAAUGAGCUUUUUCCUAGACCUGGAAUUACUUGAAGAAUUAUCAAAGAUAGUUGUGGUAGAUGCCAAUGAACAGUAUCAGGUAAUGUCAAUUAAAUGGAAAUAUGACAUAGCUUGGUAUGCUUGGUGUAAUCUGCUGCUUGCUCUUGCUGAAAAACAUGUAAACCAAAUUCAGUCAGACAUUGUUGCCUAUCACAAAUUCACAUCUGUUUUUCUGUGCCUGGGUUUGUGUCAUGCUUCGAAGCUUCUCGAAUUUGCGUUCAACUUUUCAUUGAGUUACUCUUCAAGACCUCCUACAGAUUUUUUACCGCAUCAGCGGAUUCUAUGGACUUUGGAUGAUUGGACAUCUGUAGAUUCAGUGUGCACAAAAAUUGUGAGUUUUGUUCUGGAGACGUGGUUUAGAUGGCAUUCAUCCUUGUGGAUCCAUUGCCCUCAACCAGCUAAGGUCAUGGCGGGUCCUCCCUCUCGGGAGGAGCGCCUCCCGGCUCCACCAUGUGAGGCUGUCGCUGGCAGGGUCUCGGCUCCCUCCUACGCUGCCAUGGUCUCCAAGUCUUUGGCCAUCUCCUGUGCUGUGAUCAAAGUAAAGAAGCCAGCUUCGCUGUUUGGUGACCCUGCCGUCUUUUUCACAAGGGAGGAAAUCGAGCUGUCUGAGAAAGCUUUCUCCACAACGCUGAUAGCCAAGUGCAGCUACGGGAGACCCUCUCUGUUCGUGAUCAAGGAGUUCCUGCAGAAGCACUUGUUUCUCCAAGAGGAAGUUGUGGUCUCGUCGCUGGACCCGAGGCAUAUUCUUCUGCGAUUCUCAGCUCCCUCCGACUAUGUGGAGGUGUGGUUGAAGGAUCAGGUGCACAUCCAGGGCUUCCUCCUGCGAUUUGUGAAGUGGACUUCGGAGUUCGUCUCGGGCUGGGAGUCCCCUUUCACCCCCAUAUGGGUCUCCUUGCCAGGGGUACCAAUCAACUUUUAUCAGGGCAACUAUCUGGCGUCCAUUACAGGGGCAAUAGGGAGGCUCUUGAAGGUCGACGGGGCGACAGCGAACUGCACUCGCACGGUGGAGGCAAGAUUCUGUGUCGGGGUGGACUUGGGAACGACGCUCCCAUCAAGGGUCUGGAUAGGGUGUGGCUCGGAGGGUUUUUACCAGAAAGUUGUCGUUGAGAGGCUGCCAUUGUAUUGUGUUUCCUGUUCGAAAAUUGGCCAGUCGCAAGCUACCUGUAGAAAAUUACAAAGGGGAAAGCGUGCUGUGGUGCCUGCAGUUGCUGCCGAGGGCUUGGGGGAUCGUCGGUUUUGUGACCCUGCUGCUGUGAAUGUGGAAAAUGACACUGGGACCAGAACCAGAGAGGGGGUCUUCAUUCCAAGGGGAGAAGGGCCCUCGCAUGGCGUGGUGGGGGGUUUGCCUGUUCAUAGACAGCCUGCUCUUCGGCGGCAAGUGGCAAGACACGGUGGUCGCUGGAUACCUACUCGGCAACAGGCCGUGGGUCUGAGUUCUGUGCAGCCGGCGGUGUUGGCCCCCGACGACGGUGUUCCUCAGGCGUCUUUACUCGAGGGGGGUCUGUCGGAAGGAGCAGCAUGUGUAGCAGGGCCGGUUGAUGGGGCAGCAGUGCAGCUUUUAGAAGAGGGAGAGAUACCUCCCGUGAGGUCUAAUGACUUACCGGCAGUGUUGAUUGGCAGCGUCGAGCAACGGGUUCUGCCGCUGGUGGAGCAUAGUGGUUUGGGGUUAGAUGAACUUGCGACAGGAACUGAGGAUGAAGCUUCGGGGUGCUCCUUGGCUGAACAUGGGGCGAUGUCAGAGGGUGAUGCUCCCUUGCCUUAUUUUGAAGGCGCAGAUGGGCCCACUAGGGCUAAAGACGACUCGCUUGUGUCAAGCCAGGCUGCCACGCCUGCCUUAAGCCACGUGGCGUUGCUGGAGAGUUUCAAAGCUUUCAAUGCUGCCAUUGAAGGGCGUAUUAACACAACGCUGAACAGACUUAGUGAGGAAGGCACGGUCGCAAGGCAGUCGAGCACUCACGCUGGGAAGCGGCAGCCCUCUUGGGCCAGUUUCCGCAGUGCUGCCCACGGCCUAGCGUGCUCAUUGUCUAUGGAUGAGUUUGGGAAUUUUGUGAGUAGUGCUGGUCUUAUUGAUGCUGGGUACACCGGUAAUAUGUUCACUGGGUCGAAUAAUCGCUCAGGAGCGGCAAGGGUUAUGGCCAGGCUGGACCGGUUCUUGGUGAAUGCUGCGUGGGUUGGGGCUUUCCCCGCCUUUAAAUUCCAGCAGAUGUGGUUGUCGCACCCGGAGUUUCUUGACUUUGUCAAGGGGCAAUGGGCUGAGCAGGUGGAUGGUUCCCCUUUUGUUGGGUUGUUUUUGAAGCUCAAGAGGCUUCGUGGGGCGCUUCGUAAGUGGAAUAGGGAGGUCUUUGGCAAUGUGCAUCAGAAGGUUAGGGAUGCGGAGGAUGCGAAACAAAAGUCCAAAGUCACAAGGCUGAAAGAGGGGGAUCGCAAUACGAAGUUCUUCUACUCCACGGUCAACGUCAAGCGCCGAAAGGCCAGGGUGACUAAAAUCAAAGGGGAAGAUGGUGAGUGGAUCGAGGACCCUAAUGGGGUGCAGGCUGAGGCGAUGCGUCACUUUUCAGAAGUCUUUGCUUCACAAGGAUGUUUGGUGGAUGAAAACUUAUUGGCAUUGAUCCCUAGGGUGGUAACUGAGUCGGAGAAUGCUUCUCUCUUGCUGGCUCCUUCUAUGGAGGAGGUGAAGGGGGCUGUUUUCGCAUUGUCUUGUGAUAGUGCGCCAGGUCCAUAUGGCUUUUUCGGGUAUUUCUUUACAGCUUGCUGGGAGGUGGUGGGACAUGAUGUUUGGGCUGCGGUGGUGGAUUUCUCCGAGGGUGGGGCACUCCCUAGAAGCUUAACCUCGGCCAAUCUGGUGCUUAUUCCCAAGAAGGACACCCCGGAGAUUGGCGGGACUGCUCCCAUCCUUAAUCGAGGAGGAACAGGGGGCUUUUGUGCAAGGAAGUUUGGCGUGGGUCCACUGAUUUACCAAGUUGACAAAGGGCUGCAAGUGGACCUGGAUUUGCGGGUCAAGGAUGCUUUGGGGGAGGAUGGUACUUGGAGAUCGGAUAUUCUUGCUCUCAUUGAUUCGACGGCUAUCAAGGAGAGCAUUACCCUGGGUAAUUUUACCCUCUCAGAUAGAUGUGAUGCUUUGGCAUGGACCCCAGCUAGUGAUUGGUGUUUCACUACUAGGUCAGCUUGGAAUGAGGUGAGGAGUGCUUCUCCUGUGAUCUCGUAUGCGAAGUGGAUUUGGAACCAAGCUGUUCCCUUGAAGAUGGCUUUCUUCUCUUGGCAGCUCCUGAAUGGAAGGAUCCCCAUAGAUGACUCUUUAAUGUUUGUUGGUAUUCCCCUGGCCUCGAAAUGCAGCUGCUGCAGGAGUCCGCGGAGGGAGAGUACUGAUCACUGCCUGGUGUCGGGCGGUACAACGUCCAAGGUGUGGGGUUACUUCUCUCGUCUUUUUGACAUUGCUACAGUUCCCUACCAGGAUGUCAGAGGCAGUUCUUACAAGAAUAUUUUGCAGAUUGAUGGUCAUUACGUUCUACUGCCUUGUAUGCUCGUCCAGCCUACAGUAACAGCUACACUUGGCGAGAUCCUGUGCAGUACAUUUUCCAUCAGGGACUACCCUGUGCAUUGUCUGAAGCUUAGAAUUAUAUUUGCCCACCGGAAAUCUUUCGAGGGAGAAAAUUUUUCACAGGUCAAGUCUAUUCUUUGUUCCAUUCGAGUGAACACAAUUACGGAAGAUAAUCUCCAGACUCUAUGCUUGCUUAUUGCAUCAUCAAGCCACAGUAGAUUGACAUCCUUAAAGGAAUCAUUUAUUGAUCCACUGCUUAGAGAGUUAUGCCAGAAUUCAUCUCAUGGUUUCCUUUACAAUCUUGGUUGCGCAUGGUUUCACCUUGGGGGAUUGCGUUUUCAUCUUUUGCUGAACUCUGAUGAUAUUGAUCCAGCCAUUAAGUAUUCUUUGAAGCUUUCUCAAGUAGUAGAAAAGAUUGCUUUACUUGAACGUGAAAUUGAGGUGCGACGAGAGUGUGAGCAUUUAGCAGGGAGUUUUUCAAUGAAAGAUGAAAAGGCUACACAGCUGGAGUUGGAAAAGCUUGAGUUGGAGAAGAGAAGGAUACAAAGAAAGAUUGUGUUUCGGCCUGAUCAUGCAAAAUUUAGGAAGUUAAAAUCCGAGAGUGAUGAUUUUAUGCGGCGAUUGACAUCUGCUGUAGAUCUGAUAAAGAAUCUUGGAGUAAUGUACUCACAGCAGUUGAUUAAUCGUGCAUGCAACUGGCAGGAGACUGCAACCUGUUUUAUUAAUCUAUUGUCAGAUGAGUACAUUGCUUAUAUCGAUAUAAUUCAACCAAUACAAGUUGCAGUGUAUGAAAUGAAAUUGGGCAUGUCGUUGGCUGUGUCAAGUGCUUUGCAGAAAGAAUUUCUCAAUAAAGUUGUGGAAGACAAUUUUGGUCAUAUUCUGGAAACAGUCUAUUCUUUCAUGCGAUUUCCUAGAAGUUGUGUGGCUAGAUCCAUACUUGUUGAAGCCAAUCUACCUGAGGUUCUAUGUUGUGACCCAGUUCAUUCUGCAAAUAGUUGGGCAAUGGAUAUGAAUUUGCUGAAGAAGUUACUUAGUAGUUCACGACAUAACAUUCCUGAUAAAACAGUCUCAGCCUUGGAAUUAGAUGCUGCUUUUUACCACAAUAUUCUUGUUCAAGUUACAGUUGAAAUCGCCAAUUCACUUCUAAUAGACAUUACAUCAUUUAGCCUAUUAGAUGAGAUAUUUGACCGACUUGCAAGCAUGUGGAUGGAUAUGAAAGUUCAAACACAAGCAAAAGAAGAUGAAGUAGCUCAACAAUAUAAAUUCAGGCCCCGUGCAUUCAAGAUAGAAGACGUUCUGGAAGUUGAUAUAUCGACUCUUAAAGACUCUUUUCUAAAUGAAAGUUUAUGUGCAGAAUGGCAAGAAAUGGCAGCAGAAGAACUUACAGAAAUGGUACCCACCAAGGAACAUGAAACCCUCAAGGAAGAAUGGAAUCAUGUACAAGAAUCCAUUUUGAUGAAUAUGGUCCACAUUCAGAAUCGAUUAUUUGGUUCCGUUGAUCUAGUUAAAAAGCCCGGAAAUAUUCAGAUCUCUGAUGCCGAAAGACUGCUUUCCUUCAUGGACUCCUAUAGACUGGGAGCAGGCGUGUUAAGAGAGUUGCAUGGUAUGUUGUCCUCUAGCCUGGAUGCAAAACUUAUUCCAGAACACUUACUUUUCCUGUGCUUGGAGCAUGACAAGAAAUUUGGGUUAUCUCGAAAGCCAGAUCACAUCUACAAUAUUUACAAGGAUUCAAAUGCUCCUAUGAUGGUUAAAAUUGUAAAGCCACUUACUAACAUUCAACAUAGGAUUCUCUCUCUUUUGAAUGAGUGGUCUGAUCAUCCAGCUCUCCAGAAAGUUCUGGAUAUAACUGAAAUGCUGUUGUCCAUUCCUCUAAUUACCCCAUUGACCAAGGUUCUUUCAGGUUUGCAAUUUUUGCUCUCAAGGGCCUGGAUAUUACAAGAAAAUUCUUCGAAGUUCUCUCUUUCUGAUCAACUGGAACCCAUUUUUAGUCUGAUGUCCUCAUGGCAAAGGAUGGAGUUUGACUCUUGGCCUGCAUUGCUUGAUGGUGUUCAGGAGCAAUAUGAGAUUAAUGCUGCAAAGCUUUGGUUUCCCCUGUACUCGGUUCUACAUCGUGGACAUUCUGCAGAUAUUGCAAGAGAUAAUCAAUACACCAUUGAAAGUUUGGAGGAGUUCAUACAAACAUCCAGUAUCGGUGAAUUCAAGAAACGUCUUCAACUUCUUUUUGCUUUCCAUGGCCAGAUAAAUACUGGUGUAUGUCUGAAAUAUUAUUCUAGUCCUUGUAUGAUGGAAAAUAUGAUGAAGAUCUUGUACAAUGUCUUUGGCUAUUAUGUCCAGUUCCAGCCUAUAAUUUCGGAGCACAUUGAUGCUAAUCGAAGAAAUAUUGAGACAGAAUUGAAAGAACUUCUGAAACUCUCUCGAUGGGAGCAUUGUGAGAGUCAUUUGUUGAUAGAGACCUCUAAAAGGACCCGCCAAAAGCUUCGAAAGCUUAUUCAAAAAUUCAAUAACGUACUGCAAGAACCUCUAAUGGCUUUUCUUACCCAACAUGCUACACAAAGAGGAAUUAAAUCUCCACCUACACCGGGACCAAAGCUAUUCAGUGACAUUUCUGACAAGUACGGGGAGAUUGUAAUGGCUACAUUUGAUAUGACGCAGUUCAGUUCUAUGGAAAGGCCGAUAUGGUACACUGACUGGAGAAAGAAGGUUAAUUUUGCUGUGCAAAAUCUGCUGCACGGAUCUGACCUUCCACAUUUGUCUUUUGAGGACACCAAACUCGGAGAAAGUUUCCUCAAGGAUUUCUUACCCUCCAAAUCAUCACGCCUCAUCUAUGAGGAAGAGUGGAUGGCUACAUGGCUUUCACUUGAAGAGAUAUGCAAAACUGCAACUGAAUGUGCUGACCUCUGGAAGGAUGGAAACAAGAGUCUUGGAAAGAGGAGGGGUCUGUCUAACCUUUUAAAGCUUCUGGAAAGCUGUGGGCUAUCAAGACACAAAUCUGUAAUUUUUGAGGCUGAUCCCAAAUCUGAGCAAACAAGUAGAUGGUUUCUUCAGCCAUCAUAUGAUUCGCAGCAUUUGUUGCUUACACCAAGUGGACUGUCUUCUGGAAAUGUGAAUAGCACUGCCUCUUCCAAAUUUCUGCCGAUUGAAGAUUCCAAUUCAGACUGGAAGAUGGCAAACCAGUACUACUACAAGAGCAUUGCAUCAGUCAAACUUCUAAGGCAGAUAUGCCUUAAUUUUCACAAAGAUUUCAGUCUCGAACAGGUCAAUAGCUCGGCCUCGUUUCUUGAUCAUCUCAUUGCAAUACAACAGGAGCAACGCUCUGUUGCUUACCUUUUUGCUGGGAAACUAAAAAGGCUGAGGAGAUGCAUGUCCUCUUUAAAACAUUUAGAUACAAAAUCCGCCAUUGCAGAUCAUGGAUUUGGUAACGAGUGUUUUGUCAUCCCAAACCAGCAUGCCACGCAGAAGUCCUUGUGGCAACAAAAGCAACUAUUUGAUAACCUAUGUAAUAUGUCCUAUGAAGUAUCUUUAUUGUUGAGAACUGUUGACAAUACCCAUUCAAAUACUUGCCAAAGUAUCAAGCUUGCAAUCAAUAGCUUUCUCCUUUUUAUCGAGAAAUUUAUUCCCGGUUUUCAGAAGUCUAAGGAAUCAUUAGAUCGCUACCUUCUAGGUGAUAAUGAGUCUGUCACCACCCCAGCUGCUUCCUUGCCUCCUUUCAUUAUUUAAAGACAAAUGGAGGAAUUGGUAAUGCAUAACUUUCAAGUCAUAAGUACUUUUGAGGGCCAUGUGCAGUCUUUCUGUAGCCAAACUAUUGAAGGAAGAUCAGUAAAAGAGAUUUUACUCGGUCACUUUGGGGAUAUUUUUAACAAGGCAAAAGUGGUGUUGGAAGAGUUCCAUUCUGUUCUGGACCCAGGAAAUCAAUCAAUAAGUGCCUAUGAAGAGGGAAAUUCUUUUGAACUUGAUGCUGCAUUUGCUGAAUCUUUCAAGAAAACAUACAAAAUGAUUAUGGAAGCAUUUGAAAAACUAGGCGUAUUGAGCAAUGGUUAUAUUCAUUCUGAAGUCUCAUCUGGGAGUUUGACUUUGUGGAAAACUCUAUUUGAAUCAUUAACAAUUAACCUACAGUUGGACUUGAUAUGUGAUGAAGUUGCUAAAACUAUCAGUUACGCGGGCAAACUGGUAAACCAUGCAGGAUAUAGAGGUCCUAAUUUGUGCAGCCAAGUAGGAAUGUACUUUAAUCAUCUUCAUGGAUUUCUGGACCUAAUAUGUGGAUUUGGGGAUGGUUUACUACUUGAGUUUCUAACCAUGCACAGAGCAGUGGCAGAAAUGACUCACAUGCUUACAAAUUUGUUUGCCUCACUAUAUUCUAAAGGGUUUGGCACUUCUGCAGAAGAGCAGGAAGCUGAUACAUGUGGUGAUAAUUCAAAAAAUGCCAGUGGAACAGGUAUGGGUGAGGGUGCAGGUCUGAAUGAUGUGAGUGAUCAGAUAGAUGAUGAAGAUCAGCUUCUUGGUACUUCUGAGAAGCCAAAUGAUGAGUUAGAUGCCUCAAAAGAGGUCCCAAGCAAGAAUGAAAAAGGGAUUGAGAUGAAUGAGAAUUUUGUUGCUGAUACUUAUAGUGUCAGUGAGGACUCCGGAGAUGAUGGGGAUGAAGAUGGUGAGGAUGAGAAACUGGAAUCUGCAAUGGGGGAAACUGGAGAUAAAGGUGAAGUUGUUGAUGAAAAACUCUGGGAUAAAGAUGAAGAUGGCAGUCCGGAUAAUACAAAUGAAAAAUAUGAAUCAGGCUCUUCUGUCAGAGACAUGGAUUCCAGCUGUCGAGAGAUGCAUGCAAAGGAAGAUGAUGCCAUCAUGGCUGAUGAAUCUUCGGAGCAGAUAUCAGAUGAGACUGACAAACAAAAGGACGAGGAUGAAAACCUUGAUGUUCCUGACGAUAAUGAUAACAUGGAUGACAUGAAGAUUGACAAGGAGACAGCAUCUGCAGAUCCUACAGGAUUACAGCUUGACGAGCAAAAUAAAGGUUUCAAAGAAGACAUGAACACGGAAGUACCUGAAGGUUCUGAGACCAUGGAAGAAGCAGAUCCAGAGGAAUGCAAUGAAACCACCAACAAUGAGUUUCCUGAGGAUGGAAAGGAUAGUCCGAUGAUUGAAGACAUGGAUCUAGGGAAAACCGAAGCAGUUGAUGGAAAUGGUGAAAAUGAUGAUACAAUAGAGGACCAUUGUGAGAGUGCUGAAGUGGACAUGGUAGGACAAAACAAAGAUGCAUUUGAAGGGAAGACUGACUUGAUCAGUGAUCAUAUCUUUAACCCGGUAUCUGCGGCACAGCCAAAUUCUAAUGCAGAGACUGCAGAUUUAAGUGCUGGAGGAGCAGAGACACAAUGGAUUAACAGUAAUGCUAUGCAAAAUGGCAUUGCUCCCUCAAACAGCAUGCCCUCUAGUGAUAUACCUGACUUGGAAAUUACAAUGCCUGAUGCAUCGAAGGGUGGGAAAUUGAUUGGUGAUCAACCCAGGGCUCAAAUACCCCAGCCUGAUACUCCAACUCUGCAACGAAUGCAACCAAACCCUUGCCGGAGUGUUGGGAAUGCAUUGGAAGAAUGGAAAGAAAGAGCUAAAGCAUUAGUGGAUGUGCAAGAGGAUGACGAAGAGGGUACUCAUGAUAUGGAAGAUGAAAAUGCCGACGAAUAUGGAUUUGUUUCUGAGUUGGAAAAGGGCACAGCUCAGACAUUGGGUCCAGCAACAUCUGACCAGAUUGAGAGGAAUAUCAAUAAUAACAAGCCUAGUGUAGAUGAUAGUCUUGAACAGAAAGAAGAUCUCCCUGUGAUGGAGAAUGAGAAGCAACACUCUGAAACACACCCUGUUAUGAGUUCCAAUGCUCCUGAUCUCAGACAGAAAGUUGAGGAGAAAAUGCAGAAGUCAGUCAUCAAUGAUGAAUCAGCCGUAGAGGGGUUAGCAGAAGGUGAUGAUCAAGGUGAUGAUGAUCCAGGAAGCCAAUCUGGGAGCCUGGUCUCCAUCAAUAGGUCGUACUUGAGUGAGCACAUGUUGCAACUCGGUAAUCUUUCGAUGAAUGAUGAAGAGAUGGGGCAAGAAAAGAAACUUGAAGUAAUUGAUGGUAUGAAAGAUGAUGGUACUGCACUCUGGAGAAGAUAUGAGCUACGCACGACAAGGCUAUCUCAGGAGUUGACUGAGCAAUUGCGUCUGGUCAUGGAACCUACUUUGGCAAGUAAGCUGCAGGGAGAUUAUAAGACUGGUAAAAGGAUCAACAUGAAGAAGGUAAUUCCCUAUAUAGCAAGCCAUUACCGGAAGGAUAAGAUAUGGCUGAGACGGACUCGACCCAACAAACGUGAUUAUCAAGUUGUAGUUGCUGUGGAUGAUUCUUGCAGUAUGUCUGAGAGCCGCUGUGGGGACGUUGCUACUGAAGCUUUGGUCACGGUAUGCCGUGCCAUGUCUCAACUGGAAGUGGGAAAGCUGGCCGUUGCAAGCUUUGGCAAGAAAGGAAACGUGAGGUUAUUACAUGACUUCGAUCAUCCCUUUACGGGAGAAGCUGGGGUCAAGAUGAUCUCAAGAUUAACAUUCAAGCAAGAGAACACUGUAGCAGAUGAACCAGUAGUUGAUCUGUUGAAGUAUUUGAACAACAUGCUUGAUGCUGCAGUUGAAAAUGCACGUCUGUCAUCUGGACAGAACCCACUCCAGCAGCUCAUAUUGAUUAUAGCAGAUGGCCGAUUCCAUGAUGAAAAGGAAAACUUGAAGCGCUGUGUUAGGGAUGUCUUGAAUAGAAAGCGAAUGGUUGCAUUUCUGCUUCUGGAUAGCCCGGAAGAGUCUAUCAUGGAAUUUAAGGUAUUUUUUUAUAGUUAUAUUGUUUUUGUCUGCUUCAAUCAGGGAAGAGGUCUGACAUUGUGUUUCCCUUCCUAUAUUUGUUUCCUUCUUGGCUUUAGGAAGCAUUAA